AUGGAGAACACGCUCUUCUGGAUUGGUGGCAUGGGCAUAAGUGACUAUGUUCGUACUUCGAAGGGAUCUCUCAUUUCCUUCCAGUCCCUCACAGAUAUGUCGAUUUCUCAUGUCUCCAAACUUCUAGAGACACUGCUGGGGGGUGGAGCCAAGUACAUUGUGGUUCAAGGGCUACCACCAGUCGGGUGCCUCCCCAUAGCCAUUUCUUUGUGUCCACUCCAUAAGUUAGAUCGAAUGGGGUGUUCUGUGCCUGUGAAUGCAGCAAUAAUGUUCCACAACCAAAUUCUUCAGAAGAAGCUGCAAAAACUUCAGAAACAGUACCCUCAUUGUUCAAUCAUAUAUGCUGAUUACUGGAAUGCAUUCUUGACAAUAUUGACAAAUCUGAAAAAGUUCGGGUUUGAUGAGCCCUUGAAGGCAUGUUGUGGAGCCGGCGGAGGAAAUCUCAACUUCAACAUGGAGACAAUCUGUGGCUCGCCUGGCACAUCCACCUGCACGGACCCUAGUAAACACAUCAGCUGGGAUGGCAUCCAUCUCACAGAAGCCAUGAAUAAGCAACUAACUGAUCUCUUGCUCAACCAAGGAUUUUGUCAACCAUCGUUCAGCGACCUGAUUAAAAGUAAAAGUGGCAUAUAG